CCCGUGGCUGGCUCACACAUCACUACUAGACGGGUAUACUCUAUCAAUCAGUAGUAAGUUAAAGUAGGGACACCCCGACAUUAGAACUUGUGGUAUGCCAAGUGCUUCUUUGGAAAACAAGUUCCUAGCUGAAAGGCCAGCUCUCACAGGCUGAGCUGACCCACAAGAGCAUUCUGGAUGGGAUGAGGAAGCAGAUCUCACAGCUCACUUAGGAGUUACAUCAAAGGGAUAUCAGAAUGGCGUCCAAUUCAGGCAUCGACUGGGAGAGGAAAAUAGGAGCUGAACGGGAGAGAGCAGAGAGAGAGGCUGCAGAACACAGGACACUGGAUAGUUCGGAGCAGGCAAUUCAGAGGCUGCAGAAGGAGCUGCUGCAGACACAGGAGAAAUUGGAGCUGAUAGUGCAGAGAAGGGAGUCUGAAAUCCAGAAUGCAGUGGAUAGAUCUCAAGAGCUGUUGAAGAAACAGGAGCAGGAGCUGAGAAUGGUGCAGGAGCGGCUGAAGGUUUAUGAGCAGGAGCUGCAGACUUUCAGGUCUCAACAAGGUGCAACUUUCAGUGGAGGAUCACUGGAGUCUAAAUUCUCUGAGGUUUGGAAGGAACAAGCUACGGGAUCACCAAUAUCUACAGCAAAUGUGGAUUCCUCUGUAGAUCUAGGUGAAGACCUCGCCUCUUCGUUUCCCGUUCCUCCCACCUCCCCAGCAAAUGCCGUAACCUCACGCUUCCUCCAGGAAGAGGAGCAGCGAACACAUGAACUUUUGCAGCGACUGAAUGCUCACAUAGAAGAGCUGAAACAGGAGAGUCAGAGCAAUGUGGAGCAUUUCACCCAGUCCAGGUAAUGCAAGGGAAAGCACUUCACAAGGAGCCCCAAUUAGGAUAGAGGUGAACUUCACAUUAUAGCAAAUAUCUGCAUUGUCUGCAUUUUGCAUUGUCACCAAAAAAUAAAUAUUAUGCACGUUUGUAGGCCUAAACUCUGCUUAGUACAAGUAUGGAAUCUGUCAUCAGGAAACCUGUUAUCCAAAAUACUCCGCCUCCCAUAGACUCUAUUAUAUCCAACUAAUCAGAAAAUUU